UAAACACAGAGGCGCAACAUCGCAAGACUUCCGGGAACGCUUGUAAAACAACAAGCAGACCAGGUCAGGGUUUGGAGAUUGAGAAGUCAAUGAGAGAAGUGAACAAUUCUUCCUUAAUUUUCUAGAAAUGUAAAGGCACAACCUAGAUUCGAGCCAAUGCCUUAAGUAGUUGAACAUGUUAAUACUCCAAUCUAAUUUUUGUCAAAAAUAUAUUUUAUAUCGACAGAGUGCCUUUGAUUUUCCGGCCUUUACAUGCACAGUUGGGCGAGAGACGACCGUUAGACCCGAUAACAUAUUCUGCGCGUGAGUUUAGAUAACCAACAUCGCCUACAAACGUGAUCGGGGAUUUAUAUCGGAGAAGCAGUUUCUGCCUAUCUUCCUACUGUACUCUCUUUGUGUGAACCUUUCCGGUAGAUAAAAAAAAAAAAAAAAAUACGGCACAAGAACGAAUUGGAGACGACAGACAAUCACAAACAGGAACUGGUUUUUCCUAUCGACAUUUUGAGUAGGCACAUGAUUAUUUUCACGAGCUGUAUAACGAGUAAUGUUUGUGUAGCUACACAACACAUUUCAGUUCAUGAAGAUGAAACUUCGGUCUCGAAGUAUUGCUGACCCUUCAUCAGCACGGUUUAAUGGUCGGUGGAACUCAAAGAGAGAGGCGCGGAACGUAACUCAAAAGGAUGAAGAGGUACAACAGCUAUACGACCAGUCACUCUACUCUGAUGAUAUCCCCACCUCUACAAAGCGCCCUCUUGUACAAGGGCGUGGGAGGAAAAGGGUGGCAGCCCCAGACUAUGAAGAAAGAGAAGAUCUGGACUUCAAGACCCCCGUUAAUGUGCGCCAUCACCGGGUGUUGUCGGAGCUAAACCCCUCCUUUCCCCUCAAUUCCACUGUGCGAAAUAUUUACUCCCCCGUUGUCCGUUUCCUCACUCCUACCAAGGAAAAUGUGAGAACCCCCAGCAGUGGUGAUGUGAUGAGCCCAGAGCAGUGUGUGUUUGGCUAUGGUUCCAUUAGCCUUCUCGCUGGAGAUGAGGACUGCAAUGACACUUUCAGCCCCUUCUCUUUCAUGAAGAACAUUCCAUCCAAGUGCCAGCAAUCCAAACCCUGCAUAAGAGACAUUCCACCUAAGACGAGGAGUACUCCCCAAGCUACGCUAGUUUUAGAUCUGGAUGAAACACUCAUGUACAGCUCUCUGAAUGUGAUUGAGGAUGCAGAGUAUACCUUCCGCACAUGUUUCCAGGACAAUCCGUACAAGGUCUACGUGAUUCUACGACCACAUGUGAAAGAAUUUCUGGAAGCCAUGACCAAACAUUUUGAGAUGUUUGUUUAUACAUCUGCGAAGAAAGAAUAUGCAGAGAAAAUCCUGGACAUCUUGGACCCAAAGAGAAUGCUUUUUCGACACCGUUUGUAUCAACAGAACUGUACCUGUGUUCUGGGGCACUAUGUCAAGGACUUGGGUGUACUUGAGAGGGACCUUGCUAAGACAGUGGUUUUGGACAACGCUCCACACACGUACCCCUACCAUCUGAUGAAUGUGCUUCCCAUCAAAAGCUGGUCUGGAAAUGACGAUGACAAAGAACUUCAGAAGCUCAUCCCAUGUCUUGAGAGACUGUCAGGAGCAGAUGAUUUCCGGGAAGUACUGAAGAGGAGGACGGACCACUUUCACAGAUUGCUCUCUGAGGAUUGAGAAAAGGCUUCUGAUCAUCCUUAUCCUGGAAUGUGUUUAAUUGUGAACAUGAACUGGAUCUUUGUGUACUAUCCUUGCCCUUCUGUAUGAUCCCUGUUAAUUUCAAACAUGUACAGUUGGGAUAAGUUUCCACACUAUCACUCUGCAGAGCAAAACAUUCCUAAUAGUUAGAAAAAAAUAAAACCACUUGAAAUAGCAACUUCAAAUGUUUAUACUUAAUCAUACUAAUUUAUUGACAGAAAAUAGCUUUUUAAAAGUGAUCUACAUAUUGUCACUAAAAUAAUCAGAGUAUGUAUCACCUCAACAGCCAGAGCAGUUUCUGUAACUAACAAACAACUUGAACCAUAAUGGUAUUUUUCAGCUUUUAUUUGAGAAAUGUCAUGAUUUAGUUUUCUGUUUGGAUAAUUCUGGGAAUUUUUACGCGCAUAUCGUCUCCCUUUGAGUGCCUUUUUUAGUAGGCCCACACUGCAGAAAUGUCACGCAUCUACUCCCAACAUAUUACGUUCAUGGUUAGCCUAUUUGAUUUGUUUUUUUUGUACUAAUCUGUGAAAUGUAUAUUUAUAUGGAAUUCUGACAAUGUAUUGACCUGGAAAUAUUAAUUUUAAGAACUAACUUGUCAAACUUGAACAUAUCCCCAUCCCUCCUUUCAACAGACGGUCUUGCCAAAGCUAAUGUGAAAUUCUACUCCGUUUCCCCCCACAUGCGGUUAGAACCCAAAGACGGCUAUUGUUGGUUUCCCUAUUCUCUUACCUUAAGUUUCAACAUACUUCACAAAUCGGUCGCUCAGGGGUUGGCACAUGGUCACUUUUCUGUCGACACAAAGGUCAGGGUAGGUUCAUUUCAGAAUGUCUUGGAAACCUACAUGCUUGCAAAUAAAAAAAUAAAGUUGAAGUAACUGAUUUGUUUUUAAAUCUCUGGGUGGACCGGUGUGCAUGACAUAAUGUUUUUAUUUGAUUGAUCACCUGCUGGUGACUUUCUAUUAAGAUAGAAGUCAGAUUUGUUUUCGAUCUGGACACAACAGAGCCCCCAAACCCCCUGGUGUAUAGGCUACGCUUUUGAUGUAUUUGCUCCAUAUGGUCUGUGUGACAUGGUACGGAGAAAAGUGUAUGUGUGGCAUCGCGAUCCUAUGAAAGCCUAUGGUGGGCGGUUGGCUGAACCUUACUAUUUUUUUUCUUGAAAUUUGAUUGAGAAGUUCAUUGUGCUAUAAGACAAAAGUUGGGGGAAGGGGGGAAAACGAAGUUGGAUGGAAGGAAUACAUUUAAACAACAGUAAUUCUGCAUCCCUCGAAAGUAUGUAGCAUUUUUUCUUAGCAUAAUUUAAUAUAACAAUACGUGUGGGCGGCACAUUCGCUGUACAUUCUGUUGUAUGGAUAUUUGGACUGCUCUGAACUAUUUAUAAACUAAACAUUGAGUAGUGGUCAAUCAAACAAAUGAGGCUGUCUUUUAUAUUGCUCCUCUUGUAAUUUGAAACGGGAGUAUUAGAUUUAUGUACUAUUGAUCAAUAGACCACUUAAGUAUCUUUGUCAAUAAAGAAAAUCACUAGUCUCCUAAU